AUGCCUAGAAAAGUGUACGUCGUUGGCGUCGGUAUGACGAAUUUUGUUAAGCCCAAUACCGGCGGUGAUUAUCCCGAGUUAGGCAAGGAGGCCGUACUCGCUGCACUUGCCGACGCUCGCAUCAAAUAUGAUGAUGUUCAACAAGCUGUGUGUGGAUACGUGUUCGGAGACUCGACUUGCGGGCAACGAGUAUUAUACCAGGUUGGUAUGACUGGCAUUCCUAUCUACAACGUCAACAAUAACUGCUCUACUGGCUCUAAUGCACUGUUUUUGGCCAAACAACUUAUUGAAGGUGGUAUAUCCGACGUAAUCCUAGCCGUAGGGUUCGAGAAAAUGCAGCCAGGAGCACUUAGUGAAGGCACCUUUAUGGAUAGGACCAACCCAUUGGAUAAACAUACAUUGAAAAUGGCAGAUAUAACUGAACUAGUAGGGGCCCCCAUAACUGCUCAAUAUUUUGGUAAUGCUGCAAUUGAGCACAUGAAGAAGUAUGGUACAACUGAAACUCACCUCGCCAAAAUUGCUGCAAAGAACCACAGACAUGGUUGCAAAAAUCCUAGGGCACAAGGCAAACGUGAAUACACUGUCGAGGAAGUAUUGAAAUCUAGAAAAAUCUAUGGCCCCCUCACUAAACUUGAGUGUUGCCCCACCAGUGACGGUGCUGGUGCUGCAGUUCUCAUGUCUGAAGAAGCUGUAAUCAAAUAUGGCCUACAGUCUAAGGCUGUAGAAAUUAUUGGUAUGGAAAUGGCUACUGAUACGGCUGCUGUAUUUUCUGAGAAUAGUUUAAUGAAAGUUGCUGGUUACGAUAUGACAGCUUUGGCAGCUCAGCGCAUAUACCAAAAGACUGGAAUAUCACCAAAGCAAGUGGAUGUUGUUGAACUGCAUGAUUGCUUUGCCGCCAAUGAAAUGGUCACUUAUGAAGGUUUGCAGUUAUGUGGGGUUGGAGAAGCAGGCAAGUUCAUUGAUGCAGGUGAUAACACAUACGGUGGCAGAGUAGUUGUGAACCCAAGUGGAGGGUUGAUAGCUAAGGGGCAUCCUCUGGGAGCAACUGGUCUGGCGCAGUGUGCUGAGCUAGUGUGGCAACUUCGUGGCGAGGCUGGAGAAAGACAGGUGCCCCGAGCUAAGAUCGCUCUUCAACACAACUUAGGACUCGGUGGUGCAGUUGUCGUCACAAUGUAUCGCAAAGGAUUCACGAAUGUCAGCCCCAACGCUGUUGCCGCCGGCAACCCCGACGACUUCAAAGUAUCUAAAUACAUGAAAAUCCUCGAAGAAGCUAUGGAAACUGACACAGAAAACCUCAUCGAAAAAGUAAGAGGAAUCUACGGAUUCAAAGUGAAGAAAGGCCCAAAUGGUGCAGAAGGCUACUGGGUCAUCAACGCCAAAGAGGGCAAAGGCAAAGUGACUUACAACGGCUCGGAAAAACCUGACGUUACCUUCACCGUAAACGACGACGACGUAGUAGACCUUAUCUCUGGAAAGUUGAAUCCUCAGAAGGCUUUCUUCCAGGGCAAGAUCAAAAUCCAGGGCAACAUGGGUCUCGCUAUGAAACUGACCGACUUACAAAAGCAAGCUGCUGGCAGAAUCGAAACAAUUCGCUCGAAAUUGUAA